AUGGGAGUUCAAGGACUCUGGAAGCUGCUUGAAUGUUCUGGAAGACCGAUAAAUCCAGAGACAUUAGAAGGGAAAAUCCUUGCUGUCGAUAUAAGUAUUUGGCUGAAUCAAGCAGUGAAAGGAGCUAGAGACCGCCAAGGUAAUGCCAUCCAAAAUGCUCAUCUGUUGACCUUAUUCCAUCGACUUUGCAAGUUGCUGUUUUUCAGAAUACGCCCUAUUUUUGUAUUUGAUGGUGAAGCCCCUCUUCUGAAGAAACAGACUUUGGCAAAGAGAAGGCAGAAGAAGGAUUUUGCAGCCACUGAAGCCAAGAAAACAAAUGAGAGGUUGCUAAAGACCUUCUUGAAAAGACAAGCCAUUAAAGCAGCUUUGUCCGGAAACAAGCAAAGCAAUGAGGAGUUUCCAAGUCUUUCUCAUAUAAGAAGAAAAGAAGAGGAGGAUAUUUAUGCUCUAGCCCCCUUAGAAGAGAAUGAGAAAAAUAGUUCUGAAGAGGAAGAAGAGAGAGAAUGGGAGGAGAGAAUGGACCAGAAGCGAAUUCUUCAGGAAGAAUUUUUUGCUGACCCUCAUUCAGUGGAUGUAGACUCUGAGGAUUUUAACAGCCUUCCUCCUGAAGUGAAACAUGAAAUCCUGACUGACAUGAAGGAGUUCACCAAGCGAAGAAGGACAUUGUUUGAAGCCAUGCCAGAGGGCUCUGAUGAUUUCUCCCAGUAUCAGCUGAAAGGACUGCUGAAGAAAAACAAUUUGAACAGGUGCCUCCAUAAUGUGCGGAAAGAGAUGAGCCAGCAGCACGUGGGAGAGGUCCGUGCUCAGUUUGAGACAGAAGGGGGAUUUAUGAGAGAGGUUGAAUCUAACCGUCUGGUCUCAGAAGACUCUUCUCAUUAUAUUCUAAUUAAAGGGAUUCAGUCAAAGACUAAAGAUAAAAAAGAGGCUAAUACAGAAGGAGCAACACCCUCUAGUUCAAAUGAUACAACUCCAAAAACAUUCCUUGAUUUUAAGUUGGCAUCUGCUCAUAAAUCGAAGAAAACUAAGGAACCUGUUACAGAAGUUGCACCACCCUCCCCAAGGACACUGUUUGCUAUCCAAGAGGCAAUGUUAGAAAAUAGCUCUGAUGAGGAAGUUCAUGAUAGUAAGGUCACAAAAAAUGACCCUUCUGAGCCUGUCUGUAAAAUAGAUGGCAGUGUCUCACCAAGGACCCUACGUGCAAUUCAACAAGCUCUUACUGAGGAUGAAGAAAUGGUGAACAAGAAGAGGUCUGUUGAGAUAAUUGAUGAAGAUCAUGAACAGCCGAGAGCUAAAGUACUGAUUAUCAGUAGUUCAGAUGAGGAGGAUGCUUCUCUGGUCACUCAGUAUGGAGCACAAAGAAACCCUAUCAUACCUGUAGCAAAUGAUGAAUUGUCACCAAAUCCUGUCCAGAAUAAUAUAAGUACUAUGAAUGAGAAAUCGCCACCUAAUUUGGUACCUAACCUGAAACAAAAUGAACCACUUCAAAAAUUGGUUGGAUCUCGAAUAGAAAGAGUAGAUUUCAGUGCACAUGCAGUAAAGAGAAAUCUCUUUCAUUCACAAGGCACACCUUUGACAAAUCUUUCAAGUAGUCUUGGUGCAUUCUCUCCUAUGAAGCCUUCUCUGGCAUUGGAAAGCCACCAACUAGAUGCAUCUAAAAAUUUAGAAAAUGCUAUCUUCAUUCCUUCUGAAGCAGAGACCGUUAAAAUAAAAAAACAUAGCCAACCUAAUGUUCAUACAGCUAGCAGUGAAAGUGAAAUAAAUCUUCGGCCAUCAGCUGGUCAAGUAACAAGUAGCAUCCACGAACCUGUGUUGUCUACAUCAGGGCUGUUUUCUACAACCAACAAGCCAUCAACUGAAGUGAACACUGAAGGCCACAGUCCACUGGAUGUGGUCCUACAAGAACAAAAUGUCAUAGAGUCCAAAGUGGAGGGUUCCAGCAGUCAGCAGCCUUCUUCCAAAAAUAUUCCAGACAAUUCUUAUAUGCCUAUGACUCCAGAAAGUAUUCCUGUUACUGAAGGAGAGUCAGACAUAGAAAAAGAAGUGGAUUCAGAUUCUGAUGGUAGCUUCAUUGAAGUAGAGAGUGAAUUGGCUGAUGGAAACUCCCAGUUGGUGCAGGCACCAGAAACUUCCAAAAAUCUUGUUCCUGUAACAGGCAUUAUGGGAUCUGAUGUUACCAAUACAUCACAUAGCUCUGGCACAAAGAUAGAGAUGACUCUUGCAGAGAAUCACAAUGUACAUGGCCAGGAUGUUGUAAUUCAGCAGAAUGAAGAAUCAAGAGACGAGGAAGAUGCAGUCAAUGACUGGCAAGACAUAAGUAUGGAAGAACUGGAGACGCUGGAGAAUAAUUUAUUUGUUCAGCAAACCUCCCUCCAGGCACAACGGCAACAGCAGGAACGUGUGGCUGCAUCUGUUACAGGACAGAUGUAUCUAGAAAGCCAGGAACUCUUACGCCUGUUUGGCAUCCCCUAUGUUGUUGCCCCUAUGGAGGCAGAAGCUCAGUGUGCAGUUUUGGAUUUAACUGACCAGACUUCAGGGACUAUCACAGAUGACAGUGACGUCUGGCUUUUUGGGGCCCGACAUGUCUACAAAAAUUUUUUCUCUCAGAAUAAAUAUGUGGAGUACUACCAGUUUUCUGAUAUUCAGAAUCAGUUGGGCCUGGAUCGCUCUAAGCUUAUUAAUUUAGCAUACUUGAUGGGCAGUGACUAUACAGAAGGAAUACCCUCUGUUGGCUAUGUGUCUGCCAUGGAGAUACUGAAUGAAUUUCCUGGACAUGGGCUGGAGCCUCUGCUGAAUUUCAAAGAAUGGUGGACAGAAGCACAAACAAAUAAGAAAAUAAGACCUAAUCCAAAUGAUACCAAAGUAAAGAAGAAAAUUCGGGAUCUAGAGCUACAUCCUGGCUUCCCUAACAAGGCAGUAGCUGACUCAUAUCUAAAACCAGUGGUAGACGAGUCAGAGGGAGCUUUUUCCUGGGGGAGGCCAGACCUGGAACAAAUCCGAGAAUUUUGUGAAAGCCGUUUUGGAUGGUAUCGCUCAAAGACAGAUGAAGUGCUUUUACCAGUGCUAAAACAGUUAAAUGCCCAACAGACUCAGCUCCGAAUAGAUUCUUUUUUCCACGUGGAACAGCAUGAGGCUCACACUCUGAAGAGUCAGCGGCUGCGUAGGGCUGUAACCUGCAUGAAGAGGAAGGAGAAAGAUGGUGAAACCGCAGAUUUAGAGCAAGCCGAGGCCCUUAUCGAGAGAGAUGAUAGAAAACAAAAAGGAGCAAAAUCCAGUAAAAGCCAUAAAAAAACACAUUGUAGAAAGAACAAACAGGAGACUGAACCAGGGAGUCCUGAUGAGGUCUGUGUGGAGGGGGGCUUUAUUGGGCCCAGUUUAGGACCCUUGUCAUCUUAUAAUGAAAACUCAAUGAUUGAUGACAAUGAUUCAGAGGCAAACACUAGUGCAAAAUGCAAAGGGGGAUCCAAAACAAGCAAAGACAGAACUGCUGCCCCAAUUGUAAAGACAGACAAAAUGGAGACAAGCAGUUCGAGUGAGAAUGAAGAGGAGGUGUUGCUUGUGACUGCCAAGCCUGUGUUUCAGGGCAAGAAUAGAAAGUCAAGGACUGUGAGAGGAAGAAAGAAGUGA